AUGGGGCAAAUUCAUUUGGAAAACAACUUGCCAACACUGCAGAACACCAAGCUUGGUUGGAUCGUUUCUGGAGGGAUGUCAAGCGUUCCAAAUCAUAAGUCUGUCUUAGCUGCCGUUAUUAAGGAUCCAGUCAAUCAUUCUGAUGAUGAAACGCUUACUGCUAUUGUAAAACGAUUUUGGGAAAUAGAAGACGUUAGCUCAGCGAAGCCAGUUGUGUUGCCUGAGGACUUGCGGUGCGAACAACUUUUUAAGGAAAACUGCACUAGGCUUGAGAAUGGUCAAUACUCUGUUCGCCUCUUGUCCGCUUCAGGAUUCGAAUCUUUAGGUGAUUCCUAUUGCCUGGCUCGUCGUCGUUUCAAGAGUUUGGAAGCUAAGCUAGAUAGAAACCCAGCCCUGAAGGUUCAGUAUUCGCCCUUUCUAAAGGAAUUCUUUAAAGUAGCUCUUUGUGGAGACAUCUGCAAGAUGUACCGCUGCGUACGUGUUUCGUACCCGGAUGAUUUUUUGCAGUGCAUCGUUUGGCGAGAAAAUUCAUCGGAUGAGUUGAGUGUUUACAAACUAAACACGGUGACCUAUGGAACAAAGCCAGCUGCUUUCUUGGCUAUAAGACCCAUGCAUCAGCUCUCUUAUGAUGAAGAGGAGUCAUUUCCAAUUGGAGCAGAGAUUGUUCGUAGAGAUUUCUAUGUCGAUGACUUAAUUUCUGGGGGCGAAACGAUUGAAGAGGUGAGAGAAAUUCGUCGUCAGGUAAAGAGUCUAUUGUCGCGAGGACACUUUCCAAUCCGCAAAUGGUGUUCGAAUGAGUCAGCUGCCCUCGAAGGAGAGUCGGACUGCGAUAAAGAGCAGCUCAUUAAAUUUCAUGAUGGAUCAGAUAUCGCCAAGGCAUUGGGGCUAGCAUGGGAUCCUUCUUCUGAUCAGUUCCUGUUCAAUUUUUCUCAGAUAUCGUCAAGUAAUAGAGUCACCAAACGGAUCGCAUUGUCAACUAUAGCCAAAUUUUAUGAUCCACUCGGGUUAAUAACGCCAAUUGUUACCAAAUCUAAGAUAUUCUUGCAAUCUCUUUGGAAGUCUAGUGUGGAUUGGGAUGACGCAUUGCCAGAGCCCAUUCUUUCGUCAUGGGGGGAGUUAACCUCUCAGUUGUCGAUCGUCCAGAAUUUAAAAUUUCCACGAUUCGCAACGCGUCCGCAAGCGACUAUCCAGUUGCAUGGAUUCUGUGAUGCUAGCACAGCAGCUUAUGGAGCCUGCUUAUAUUUGCGGUCGGAGGACAAUGAAGGCACAAAAGCUUAUCUACUCUGCGCCAAGUCGAGAGUAGCCCCGUUGAAGGCCUUAACAAUUCCAAGAUUGGAACUUUCAGCAGCACUUCUAUUGGCAGAGCUUAUCGUAAGCGUCAAGGAAACCAUAGAUCUCGAUUGUGCCUUUCAUUGCUGGUCCGACUCAUCUAUCGUAUUGGCGUGGAUUCGGCAACCUCCGAGGGAGUUCAAUGUUUUUGUAUCCAACCGAAUCGCAAAAAUUCAGGAGAUGACGAAAGGAAUGUCUUGGCAUCAUGUUCCGACCAACCUCAAUCCGGCGGAUGUCGUGUCGCGAGGCUGUACCCCUAAAGAAUUGCUGGAUCAUUCUCUUUGGGCUAAAGGACCUCCAUUUCUUUUGCAGAACUCAUCGGAAUGGCCUUCCUUGCUUGAUGUAGCAAAGGAUCUUCCAGAGCGUCGUGCCGCGACUCUAAUUGGAACCGUGUCCAAGCCUCUACUCUCAAAUAGCCAUCUUUCCGUUGAGGAGAUCAACUCGGGGACCGUACUUCUUCUAAGGAGCAUCCAGCAGAUUCACUUAGCCAAGGAGUAUGGAGUUCUUAGCCAGAGCAAGCCGUGUCCACAGAAGAGCAAACUGAUUUCGCUGAGGCCAAUUCUUGGCACCGAUAGAUUACUUCGCGUUGGUGGAAGACUUCAAAACGCAAACUUGGACUAUGAUACGAAGCAUCCGAUAUUGCUUCCCAAGGACCAUCCAGUCACCAAAGCAAUUAUCGUGUAUUUCCAUAAAAAAUACAUGCACGCAGGAUCGCAGGCGUUGCUUGCCACAUUACGGCAAAGGUAUUGGCCGAUUGGAGGUCGGAAGUUCGUGGCUAGCGUCAUCAACAAAUGCGUUAGAUGCUUUCGGAUGAGGCCUGUGACUUGGGAGCACGUCAUGGGUAAUCUUCCAGCGAAUCGAGUUCAACCUAACCCAGCAUUUCAUACGACCGGAGUCGACUAUUGUGGGCCAUUCUAUCAUAAAGCAGAGUCCCGGAACAAGGCACCGCACAAGUGCUACAUCGCCGUCUUUGUCUGCUUUUCCACGAAGGCCGCUCACUUGGAAGUCGUCCAGGACCUCACAACAGACUCCUUCAUAGCAGCUCUGAGAAGGUUCAUCAGCCUUAGAGGCAGUCCGCGAACUAUCUGGAGUGAUAAUGCGACUAACUUUGUCGGCGCCAAGAGCGAGUUAGGAGAGCUGAAGGAAUUGUUUUUGAGCGAGCAACAUAUAGCUUCGAUAGCUUCUUCGUGCCUAGCGGACGGGAUAGAUUGGAAGUUCAUACCUCCGCGUGCCCCACACUUCGGUGGCCUAUGGGAGGCCGCUGUCAAAUCGGCCAAGUUUCACUUCUACAGAGUCGUCGGUCCAUCCAUCUUAUCCCUCGAUGAAUUGAGAACUCUGGCGUAUGAGAUUUCUGCUAUUCUUAACUCACGUCCCCUCUGUCCAAUUUCAGAAAACGCUGAAAGCCUCGAGGUGCUAACGCCGGCGCAUUUCUUAAAGGGUUCCAGCUACACCAAAUUUCCUGAGCCGGAUGUCACGCAUCUCCUUGAAGGCCGCCUCAGCAGAUGGCAAAUUGUGACUCAAAUGCAGCAACUAUUCUGGAGAAGGUGGAGCAGCGAGUAUUUAUCACUUCUUCAGGAAAGAAGCAAAUGGCGUUCCGAAGGAUCUAACAUCAAGAUCGGAAGCAUCGUGUUGCUGAAGGAGGACAACAUUCCAUCAUUAAAAUGGCCACUUGGACGAGUUCAGGAAGUCAUUCCCGGCGAGGACGGCGUCGCCAGAGUAGUUAUGGUCCGUACAGCUACGGGCAUCAUCAAGAGAGCCGUCGCCAAACUGGCCGUUCUGCCCGUCGAUUCCCAACAAGUUGAAACCGUGCCUCUUCCAACGGGGGGGAUUAUGUUCGGAGCAGACCGCCAGCACCUAAUUUUAUGCACAUAG